GGGGAUCCAGCGGCGGAGGCGGCCCCGGGGCCGUGCCCGCUUAAAAGGCGUCAGUGCGGUCGGGACGGGGCGCUGGGACCGGUCUGCGUUCAGGUGCAAAGAUGGGGUGCUUCACCUUUAUCAAGGUCAUGAUGAUCCUCUUCAACCUGGCCAUAUUCCUCAGUGGUGGGACCCUGCUAGGAGUUGGCAUCUGGGUCACAGUGGAUGGACAGUCGUUCCUGGAUAUAUUUGGGGCAAUCUCCUCCAGCAUCCUGCAGGUUGUGAAUGUGAGCUACUUCCUCAUCGUCAUCGGUGCCAUCCUGCUGGUGAUCGGCUUCCUUGGCUGCUACGGAGCACAGAAGGAGAGCAAAUGCCUCCUGAUGAUGUUCUUCGCAGUGGUGCUGAUCAUCUUCAUUGCUGAAGUCGCUGCUGCCGUGGUGGCUCUGGUCUACACGGGUGUUGCAGGGACACUGCUGACGGCGGUGGUGACCCCUCUCCUGAAGGAUAAGUACGGGGUGGAUAAGAGCUUCACACACAUCUGGAAUGUCACCAUGACAGAGGUCCAUUGCUGUGGCCUGAAUAACUACACAGACUUCAACGACUCCAUCUGGUAUAAGGACCACGGAACCUACCCCGAUCCCUGCUGUAACAGCACACAGCCCUGCACCUACACGGCAGCUGCAGAAAGCAAAGUCACGGGUUGUUUCAAUCAGAUCUUGGAAGAAAUCAGGACCCAUGCAGGUGUGGUGGGUGGCGUGGCUGCUGGCAUCGCUGCCUUGGAGAUUGCAGCCAUGGUGGUUGCCAUGUACCUGUACUGCCAUCUGGACCAGAAAUGACCCCACGAAGCAGGAGAUGAUCUGCCCCCACAUCGUGCCGAGGUGCUCCCGUGGCGUGCCGUGCUCUCCGGGGGACCCCAGCGCUCCCUGGGCCUGAUGCUGUCUUGUGCACUGUGAUUUUGUAGCUGUGUUUUGAUCUACUGAGCUGGGAUCUGUAGAGUUUGUGUAUAUUUUUGUACUGUUAUGG